UCAGUUUUACCUUUGUACUACAUAGUACGAGCCCCGAUGUACUACCAGAGACUCAUCAGAAAUAGAAAUACCCAAAGUAAAUACCGACGAGAGAGCCCUCACUCAUUUCAACAGCCCAACAGAAGCAAAUUUGAGAGAGAGAAUCAGAGAGAGAGAGAGAGAUGGAUGGUAUGGAUCACGGCCAUGGAAUGGGUGGCAUGGCAUCACCGGCGCCACCAUCGUCAUCCAUGACGAACGGCACGAUGAUGAUGCACCAUAAGAUGAUGAUGCACAUGACCUUCUUUUGGGGCACAAAGGCGGAAGUACUCUUCUCCAAAUGGCCAGGCACAAACACCGGCAUGUAUUACGUAUCCCUACUCUUUGUGUUUGCCCUAGCUGUCCUCGUCGAGUGGCUCUCCCACUGCCGUCUGAUCAGGGCCGGCGGAAGCGACGUCGUUUGUGGACUGGCUCAGACUCUUUUGCAUGCAGUUAGGGUUGGGUUGGCUUAUUUGGUGAUGUUGGCGGUCAUGUCGUUUAAUGCUGGGGUGUUUCUUGUGGCGGUGGCUGGGCAUACUGUAGGGUUCUUGCUUUUUGGGAGUAAGGUUUUUAAGAAGAAAUCGGAUGUUGAUGAUAAGGUUUCUGAUCUUCCUCCAAUGAGUUGUUGAUUAUGUAUUUUAUUUAUGGAAUUAAUUAGGGCAUAUUGGGUUUUGAAUUUU